AUGAAGACCCUCUCAGAGCAGAAGGCUGCGCAGCGAGAGCAGGGUGAGAAGAAGAAGAUGAGAAGAUCCACCCCUGAGCUGCCAGAGCGGCCAUUCCACGUGCUGUCAACUCUCCAUGGCAGUGCCAGCUAUUCCUUUGGCAAGCCGGUGCACAAGAAGGGGAAGUUCAAGAUACCUGUGCUCCAAGUCCGGGAUGCGGACUACGGGAGAUCAGAGCCUUCUCCUGGCGCUGGUGAGUACAGCCAGCCAUCGGUGACCUUCCCAGAGGAGAGCAAGGGCGUGUCGCAGACAGGUGGCUGGAAGUCCAUCGACCACCAGGCGUUCAUGGAGCGCCUGAAGAAGCAUCGGUACAAGCCUACACAGGGCUUCUUCGAGCACCUGUAUCACGAAAUGACACACGUAGCUCGUCUUGAGAUCAUCGACCACGUGCAUUGGCUGGCAGAAUUCAAUUACCAUAUGGAGCAGAGAAGCAGUGGAACAUCGACACAUAUGUGGAAGAGAGAGAGCAGUUGGCGAUGA